GAAGUAAAGGUUUAUUUAAAUCUUCACUUGCCAUCACGUAUGACGAAUGGAACAAGGGGACAAAGUUUGUCUGCGUAGUGUCACAUGACAAUUGGGUUAUUCCACUUAAGAAAACCUACGGAAGGACUGUCGUAUGUUCAUACUUCAUCGACCAAUGGAAUGGUGCCACAGAGGCAGAAGAAGAUAACAUGGGAAGCACGGCCCUCACCUUCAUCCUUCUCUUCCUCAUCACUCUGCUUUUUACCAUUGGAACCACUGCUAUUAAGGUUAAAUGAAACAAAGUGAACUUUCUGUGUAAAAGUAUUUUUCACACUUCUUCUUAUAAACUCAUAGUUUCAUGUAAGUAAUCACAAUUGUCCUUUUUCAUUUCAUUACAAGAGCUUUGUGUCUUUUUGAAAAUAAAUGCUUAAAUGAAGAAAAACAUUGAUGUUGCUCCUCCAGCCUUUUUUUCUCUGCCAUUAUUUUGAAAUUGUUCAUGCUUGCUCAUUUUAAAAAUUAUUUCAUUAUGUAAUAUGUUCCUAUGUUCACCUCCCUAGCAUCUGGAAUCAACAGCCCAUGUUCAACACAAUGUGUAAAUUUGGAGAUUUCACAGUCGGUUAGUUCUCCAGUCUAUUAUUAUUAAUAGAGUCGAGAACUAAAACCUUUAGCAAAGUCAUGAGAGGCCAUUUGAAAUCUAUGUGAACACACAAUCUAAACUGAAAUGAUAUAUUUAAAUGUGCACUCUGUUUCUCUUACUGGCACCACCACACCUCACACCUGGUGUCUGUGAUGCACCGUUGCUCUUUGCAUUGUUUCACUUCUGUAUUUCGGUACCUUUGGGGACCUGGGUGUGACUCAAUGCUUCCGCUUGCUGCUAGCCCUGAUCACUCUGCCCCAUCAUGCUGCAACAGCUGUGCAACAGACCUCCAGCAAUUUCUCCACCUGACUUUAAGCCACCAGACACUGUAAAAGUACACCUCUGCCACCUAGCCUAAAUACAGAGAUGUUACACUUAGAAUUGAGACACCACAGUUGGUUACUUAACCAAUAUCUAAAAGUUGAUCGGAUCGUCUAUCCAAACAUCACAUUACACCCUGUCUGGGAAGGUGAAUAUGGGGCCUCACCAGUCAGACUCCUCUGCACCCUAAGAGGCUUCUGCCCAGACGGACUGAGUGUGGAGUGGAAGCAGGACAACCAGCCUCUAACUAUUGCCACAAUCACAACAAAGCUGCAGAGUGUGGAGGACAAAACCUUCAGUCUAAGCAGUGAGAUUGAGCCAAAUAGGACUGUUUGGGCAUAUGGCUCAAGUUUUACAUGCAAGUCCAUUCACAAGAAUCAGGAAUUUAUAAAAAAAAUAAGUAUUUGUCAAAUCCAUGGAAGUGCCCCUCCUUCCAUCCAAGUGGAGAUCCCCAGCUUUAAGACAGUAAUGACAGAAUCCACUAAGUCUGUGAACGCAACAUGUUUGGUUCCCACUGUUCUUGAUGCCAAGGUGACCUGGCUGAUGGAUGGGAAACCGAGUACAACAGCGAGCCAGGUCAAAAACACAACUCAUAUAGUCAGUAAAGUGACAGUUUCUUUAAGUGAAUGGAAACAACUCAAGUCUAUAACAUGUAAAGCUGAACAUAAGUGCUUCCCAUCUACUGAGAGGACUGUGAGUGUUGCAGGGCCUGCAGUUACAACCCCGUUGGUUGAGAUUAGAAGAUCCCUCAAAGAUUUGUUGAAGAUGGACAGCGCAGUGCUGGAGUGUGAUGUCACACAACUCUCAUCACGUGACCUGUACGUCACCUUUCAGGCCAACAGUGCUGACAUCUCUGACAAACAGUAUGUUGAUCUUCCUGAAGGCCCAGGCCUCCAUUCAAUCAGCAGAAGCUGCUCUAUCCCUACACAUUACUGGAAGAAAGACACAAAUUUCAGCUGCACAGUGAACCAAGGCUUCUCUGGCAACUUCAAGUCAAACUCAGCUGGCAAUGUUUUUGUGGACCCAUCAAUGGAACUUCUUCUGGCCCCCAGUGAAGAAUCAGAACAACAGAGGCUCUUAUGCUCUGCAUGGGGCUUCAACCCUCAAAUUAAAUGGUCUACUGAGUCUCAGCAAAGAUCUUCAUCAACUUAUGAACUCAGCAUGGGUGCAGAUGGACGUGUGGCAGUAACCAGUCAUCUUCAUAUCCCUCACACAGAGUGGAGCACAGGGAAGGUGUUCACUUGUGAAGUAACUGACAAGUCUCUGAAAACAAAUGUGAAAAAGGAGAUCAGCCUCUGCUCAGUUUAUUCAAGUGGCCCUCCUUUCAUCCACGUGGAGAGUCCCAGCUUUAAGACAGUAAUGAUGACAGAAUCCACGGAAUCCGUGAAAUCAACAUGUUUGGUCCGCACUGUUCUUGAUGCCAAGGUGACCUGGCUGAUGGAUGGGAAACCGACUACAACAGCGAGCCAGGUCAAAAACACAACUCAUAUAGUCAGUGAAGUGACGGUUUCUUUAAGUGAAUGGAAACAACUCAAGUCUAUAACAUGUAAAGCUGAACAUAAGUGCUUCCCAUCCACUGAGAGGACUGUGAGUGUUGCAGGGCCUGCAGUUACAGCCCCAUUGGUUGAGAUUAGAAGAUCCCUCAAAGAUUUGUUGAAGAUGGACAGCGCAGUGCUGGAGUGUGAUGUCACACAGCUCUCAUCACGUGACCUGUACGUCACCUUUCAGGCCAACAGUGCUGACAUCUCUGACAAACAGUAUGUUGAUCUUCCUGAAGCCCCAGGCCUCCAUUCAAUCAGCAGAAGCUUCUCUAUCCCUACAAAUUACUGGAAGAAAGAGACAAAUUUCAGCUGCACAGUGAACCAAGGCUUCUCUGGCAACUUCAAGUCAAACUCUGCUAGCAAUGUUUUUGUGGACCCAUCAAUGGAACUUCUUCUGGCCCCCAGUGAAGAAUCAGAACAACAGAGGCUCUUAUGCUCUGCAUGGGGCUUCAACCCUCAAAUUAAAUGGUCUACUGAGUCUCAGCAAAGAUCUUCAUCAACUUAUGAACUCAGCAUGGGUGCAGAUGGACGUGUGGCAGUAACCAGUCAUCUUCAUAUCCCUCACACAGAGUGGAGCACAGGGAUGGUGUUCACUUGUGAAGUAACUGACAAGUCUCUGAAAACAAAUGUGAAAAAGGAGAUCAGCCUCUGCUCAGUUUAUUCAAGUGGCCCUCCUUUCAUCCACGUGGAGAGUCCCAGCUUUAAGACAGUAAUGAUGACAGAAUCCACGGAAUCCGUGAAAUCAACAUGUUUGGUCCGCACUGUUCUUGAUGCCAAGGUGACCUGGCUGAUGGAUGGGAAACCGAGUACAACAGCGAGCCAGGUCACAAACACAACUCAUAUAGUCAGUGAAGUGACGGUUUCUUUAAGUGAAUGGAAACAACUCAAGUCUAUAACAUGUAAAGCUGAACAUAAGUGCUUCCCAUCCACUGAGAGGACUGUGAGUGUUGCAGGGCCUGCAGUUACAACCCCGUUGGUUGAGAUUAGAAGAUCCCUCAAAGAUUUGUUGAAGAUGGACAGCGCAGUGCUGGAGUGUGAUGUCACACAACUCUCAUCACGUGACCUGUACGUCACCUUUCAGGCCGACAGUGCUGACAUCUCUGACAAACAGUAUGUUGAUCUUCCUGAAGCCCCAGGCCUCCAUUCAAUCAGUAGAAGCUUCUCUAUCCCUACAAAUUACUGGAAGAAAGACACAAAUUUCAGCUGCACAGUGAACCAAGGCUUCUCUGGCAACUUCAAGUCAAACUCUGCUGACAAUGUUUUUGUGGACCCAUCAAUGGAACUUCUUCUGGCCCCCACUGAAGAAUCAGAACAACAGAGGCUCUUAUGCUCUGCAUGGGGCUUCAACCCUCAAAUUAAAUGGUCUACUGAGUCUCAGCAAAGAUCUUCAUCAACUUAUGAACUCAGCAUGGGUGCAGAUGGACGUGUGGCAGUAACCAGUCAUCUUCAUAUCCCUCACACAGAGUGGAGCACAGGGAUGGUGUUCACUUGUGAAGUAACUGACAAGUCUCUGAAAACAAAUGUGAAAAAGGAGAUCAGCCUCUGCUCAGUUUAUUCAAGUGGCCCUCCUUUCAUCCACGUGGAGAGUCCCAGCUUUAAGACAGUAAUGAUGACAGAAUCCACGGAAUCCGUGAAAUCAACAUGUUUGGUCCGCACUGUUCUUGAUGCCAAGGUGACCUGGCUGAUGGAUGGGAAACCGAGUACAACAGCGAGCCAGGUCAAAAACACAACUCAUAUAGUCAGUGAAGUGACGGUUUCUUUAAGUGAAUGGAAACAACUCAAGUCUAUAACAUGUAAAGCUGAACAUAAGUGCUUCCCAUCCACUGAGAGGACUGUGAGUGUUGCAGGGCCUGCAGUUACAGCCCCGUUGGUUGAGAUUAGAAGAUCCCUCAAAGAUUUGCUGAAGAUGGACAGCGCAGUGCUGGAGUGUGAUGUCACACAGCUCUCAUCACGUGACCUGUACGUCACCUUUCAGGCCAACAGUGCUGACAUCUCUGACAAACAGUAUGUUGAUCUUCCUGAAGCCCCAGGCCUCCAUUCAAUCAGCAGAAGCUUCUCUAUCCCUACAAAUUACUGGAAGAAAGACACAAAUUUCAGCUGCACAGUGAACCAAGGCUUCUCUGGCAACUUCAAGUCAAACUCUGCUGACAAUGUUUUUGUGGACCCAUCAAUGGAACUUCUUCUGGCCCCCAGUGAAGAAUCAGAACAACAGAGGCUCUUAUGCUCUGCAUGGGGCUUCAACCCUCAAAUUAAAUGGUCUACUGAGUCUCAGCAAAGAUCUUCAUCAACUUAUGAACUCAGCAUGGGUGCAGAUGGACGUGUGGCAGUAACCAGUCAUCUUCAUAUCCCUCACACAGAGUGGAGCACAGGGAAGGUGUUCACUUGUGAAGUAACUGACAAGUCUCUGAAAACAAAUGUGAAAAAGGAGAUCAGCCUCUGCUCAGUUUAUUCAAGUGGCCCUCCUUUCAUCCACGUGGAGAGUCCCAGCUUUAAGACAGUAAUGAUGACAGAAUCCACGGAAUCCGUGAAAUCAACAUGUUUGGUCCGCACUGUUCUUGAUGCCAAGGUGACCUGGCUGAUGGAUGGGAAACCGAGUACAACAGCGAGCCAGGUCAAAAACACAACUCAUAUAGUCAGUGAAGUGACGGUUUCUUUAAGUGAAUGGAAACAACUCAAGUCUAUAACAUGUAAAGCUGAACAUAAGUGCUUCCCAUCCACUGAGAGGACUGUGAGUGUUGCAGGGCCUGCAGUUACAGCCCCGUUGGUUGAGAUUAGAAGAUCCCUCAAAGAUUUGUUGAAGAUGGACAGCGCAGUGCUGGAGUGUGAUGUCACACAGCUCUCAUCACGUGACCUGUACGUCACCUUUCAGGCCAACAGUGCUGACAUCUCUGACAAACAGUAUGUUGAUCUUCCUGAAGGCCCAGGCCUCCAUUCAAUCAGCAGAAGCUUCUCUAUCCCUACAAAUUACUGGAAGAAAGACACAAAUUUCAGCUGCACAGUGAACCAAGGCUUCUCCGGCAACUUCAAGUCAAACUCUGCUGGCAAUGUUUUUGUGGACCCAUCAAUGGAACUUCUUCUGGCCCCCAGUGAAGAAUCAGAACAACAGAGGCUCUUAUGCUCUGCAUGGGGCUUCAACCCUCAAAUUAAAUGGUCUACUGAGUCUCAGCAAAGAUCUUCAUCAACUUAUGACAUCAGCAUGGGUGCAGAUGGACGUGUGGCAGUAACCAGUCAUCUUCAUAUCCCUCGCACAGAGUGGAGCACAGGGAAGGUGUUCACUUGUGAAGUAACUGACAAGUCUCUGAAAACAAAUGUGAAAAAGGAGAUCAGCCUCUGCUCAGUAACUCCGGCAUCAUCUCAGAUGCUUGGCAUAUAUGUUCAGGGACCACCACUCCAGGAGCUUCAGAACAAGGGUCCGGUGACUAUUACCUGUCUUCUAGUCGGCCCUUCUCUUAAUGAUUUCUCUGUCACCUGGAAAGUAGAUGGGAAAAGUUAUUCCCUCAAUGUCCAUAAGGAGCCACCAGUGAGUCACAGCAAUGGGACGGAGACUUUGCGGAGCUCCCUCGAUGUGUUAGCGGAGGAUUGGCAUGCAUAUAAACAAGUGUCUUGCGAGGCAAAGCAUCAAUGUUCCAACCAGAGCUACGAGGAUCAUAUAAUCAAAAGCAGAGUCACCCAACCUUCAGCCAUCUUGCUCCAGGGCUCUGGUGAACUUGUGUGCCUGGUCUCCACGUUCAGCCCUGAAUCCAUUAACAUCACUUGGUUACUCGAUGGCAAGGAACUGUGGGACUACAACACCAGUGAACCCCACAGAGGCCCAAACGGAAAGUUCAGCAUCCAAAGCCACCUUCGUCUGUCCCAAGUCAUCUGGUUACGUGGGGCAGUCCUCACCUGCAGGGUGACACAUGCAAACACCACCCUAUUCCUGAAUAAAUCGAAACCAGACAUCUUGGAGGACUUUAAUUUCUUAGAUGACACCAUGCAUGCUGAAGUAAACCAAGACACAGAUGUGGAAAGCUGGUAUAUGGCUUUCACUUUUCUCGCUUGUUUCCUCAUCUCCAUUAUCUAUGGUGUCUUGGCUACCAUGAUUAAGACUAAGUGAUGAUGAUCAAAGGACAGAUGCCAUUUAAUGAUCCACAUGUGGACUUUUGAGGAUUGUUGAUGGCAGAUGGCCUUUCUAGUUUUAAAGUGUAAUAAAUUAAUUUCUGCUACUUCUUUCUUUUAUUAUGUUAUGAAACUGGUUUGUACUAUAUUCAUUUAUUUGAAUUGUCAUAUUGUUUCAUGUUUAUAGUGCGUGUGUGUAAGAGGAAACAAGACAAAAAUAAAUAAUAUAAAUACAUAAAUACAUUCAAAUACCAAUGUAAUGUGAUGUAACACAUAUUCUAUCACAGGACUCAUUCUUGCAUUUAAAAAAUAAAAAAUUAAAAUAU